UGUCGGCAGUUGGCAUCUGUCGAUAGAGUUAGGGCCUUGAGGUUGAAACACAAGCAAGCAGUGAGGGUGAACUAUUUCAGUUGUAUCAAAGAAAAAGAAACCACCGCUGGACGAAUUUGUACAGAGAGGUAAAUGAUCAACUGGUGCGGAACUUUAUCAAUCAAAUAAUUCGUCAAUAAAUUUUUCAUUAGUCAAAUUGCAAAAACCAUCAAACUAUUCCGCUUUGUAACCCCCUAACAUCAAAAUUUUGUACAUAACAUUCCCCCACGCAUCUCCCACUUUACCUUCAAAAAUCUUUCAAAAAUAUAAUGAGUCAGUAAAAUUCACGGGAAGAAAUAAUCUCGAAAUCCCUCCAAAAAAUCGCCAACAGAUUAAAAAAAAAACUUAAAAUUUUCAUCUCUGCAAACCGGUGUGUCAAGUGUUGUCAAAAAAUCGCGGCGAGGCGGCACUGUAUGUCACAAUUGAUUCAAUUGUUAAAUUAAUUUUCAAUUCAACGGCUUCAUCGCAGAAAAAAAUAUCGAGAAACAAUUUCCUAACUUAGAACCUUUAAAAGUUUGAAAAUUCAUCAAGUUCACGAGUAAAAAUGGACUAUUCGAUCAGAAGCAAUAAUACGUGAAAUAUUUAGUGUGUGUGUAAGAGAAGAGAGAGAUAAAAAAGGACAAAAGAGAAAAAAAAAUAGUCGUGGGUUUUGUUAGUGCGACGCCGGUUGGAGUCGGGGGGAUAACCUUCAAAAUCGAAGCUUCCUUUCAAACCCUCGGGGACGAGCCUUCGAUAGAAAUAAUGAAGUGGCUCAGUACGAGCAACAUCGGCGGUGAACCGGCACCACAAAUGCAACUACAUCAUCCAUCCGCCAAUGGCCACAUACCCACUGACGUAGAUCAGUGUGGACAGGUAAUGGCAAGUGGUGAUGCAGUGCGUCUGCAAGCCGGACAGACAAGUCAAAUGGGCAUCAAUAGAGCCCAGGAUGACGCUAUGGUAGGCUAUGGAUUCCAAAGGCCAGCAGAGCCUGAAUUUAAUGCCCAGGCAUCGACUUUUCAAACUAAACAGACUCCACGUGCUUGGGCUCUAGCAGAUGAUCCCAUCAUCGAUAACAGCCACGAGAAAUGGAAAUACCCAAUGACAAAGCUCAGUGUACCACAACAGAGUCAACCACCUCAGUUUGGGCUCCAGGCGAUGAAUAAUGUACAUACCGUACCUUACGAACUUCAUCCAAUGCAACUCAAGAGUGGAGGACCUGGAACCGAACACUUGGUUUAUUUGAACAAUCAGAUGACCACUCAGCAACUCGCCCUCUUCCAUCAUCAGCAUCAACAGCAACAACAACAGCAACAACAGCAGCAACAACAACAACAGCAGCAGCAGCAGCAACAACAACAGCAACAGCAACAACAGCAACAGCAACAACAACAGCAGUUCAGAAAUGGCCAGAUCGCACCCUCGGCUAAAAAACUGUGGGGUGUGGAUGAGGGCGGUUCCAAGGAUGAGGGUGGUGUCAAGGGAGGUGGGAUACUUCAUCUUGGAGAUCAUCAGAUGUGGCGAGAUUCUACCUGGAGUACCCCAGAUCAUGCUGUCUCACAGCCAAUCUCGAUGGGUACUGGAAGACGAGUUGGUGUUGGUACUGGAUAUCACCAUCAAACAUCUGAGGUUGGAGCUGUACUCAGUCCCAGAAGCAGAAAUGAUUAUUCGUCUUCUACCUUCAGUGAGACUGGUGGCCUUGGGGUUAAAAUGGUUGAAUACGUACUGGGUUCAAGUCCGACAACACCGAAAGAUUUGGAGCCUCGAAUGGUUUCCCUUAGAUUGAACGAUAGCACCGAUAAGAAGGAGAAGGAUAAAGGUGCAGCGAGUCCAUUUGACGGAUCUAAAGAUGAUAAUGGACCUCAGGGCAAUGGACUUGCUUCUCAGAAUGGUCUCGAUGAUGAGAAAGGAUUCAACCGUACUCCAGGAAGUAGACAACCAUCACCUGGUGAGGAAGAGUUCCAAAAGAAUUCAGGGGCCACACUGGCUGUUAAUACUGGUGCUGGUGGCGUUGUCCUGUUGAAACCAGGUGAUGUCGUGGGGAAUGAAGAGCAUUAUAUGACGGCAUUUGCUCCAGCACCACAUCAUCUUCAACAUCAUCAACCACCGACUCAUCAUCUUCAGCAUCCUCAUUCACAUGCUGCUCAACUAUUUGGUGCUCAGGGGCCACUACCACCACAGGGACCACCACAGGCUCAGCAGCAACAGCAGCAGCAGGGACCGCCGCAACCACAGGAUACCACAACUCAUUUUGAUGUUCAGCAAUUGUUUAGGAGUCAACCACAGGCUGCAACACCUCAACAACUUCAGAUACUUCAGCAACAGCAGCAGCAACAAUAUUUGGCAGCAUCGCAAGCCUCACAAACCCAACAACAACAGCAACAGCAGAAUUUUCCAGCAGCUCCUUACACUGUUAUCAGUGGUCAGGAGCCUUAUGUUGGUGCACUCAUCGCUGGUGCUCCACCAGUUGUGCCCCAGUAUUAUGGAGUUGGUCCAUGGGUUUAUCCAGCUGGACUGUUGCCGCAAGCACCACCACAGGCAGCAGCGCCACCACCUAGAAGACCACUCACACCGUCUUCUGUAGCAGCUGCUGCUGCUGCUCAAGACAGUGCUAAUAACCUUGCACAAACGGUACAAGGACAGUAUCAAGUAAUUCCAGCCUAUUACGAUCAAAAUGGAUCGAUCGUCAUGGGUGGAGUGCGUGGAUUAGGGUCAGCAGCAACUCCGAUGAGGCUUGUCAGUCCAGCCCCUGUUUUAGUAAAUCGAGCACCGUCGCAACCACCUCCAGGACCACCAGCACCACCUCCACCAAGCUUAUACUCUCAGCCGACCCCAACAUCACACAGUAGUGCUACGCCUGGCGAAUGUUUAGGUUUGGCAGCUUGCAGUGCUGCAGCAGUGGUUGCACAAGCACAGGCAGUUGCCGUACAACAGGCACAACAACAGGGCUCAGGACUUGCUGCUGGUCUCGCCGCUCUCGGUUACGGUGGUUCACCACUGGGUGCCCUCGGCUCGCCAGCUCAACUUCAGAGUACAGGUUUGGGUCUUGGUGCAUCGUCAACUGGCAGACGGGAUUCAUUUGAUCGGAAUACAUCUGCCUUCAGUCCAAGUCUCGAAUAUAGUCGUGGAAAGUGGCCUCAAAGCUAUGGCGCAUUAGGAACUGUAACAGCCUCACCAAGUCCUCUCGGACUCUCCUUAACACCUCCACCGUCUAUUGGUGGAUCGUUGGGCGGUUUAGUAGGUGGUGCGAAUCGCGUUUCAGCUGCACCUGGUGCGGAGGCGAAAUUUAGAGCGAGUACAGUUCCAACUCUUACUGCCAAUGGUGUCUUUGGAUCAAGUAGUUCACUAUUUCCGAAUUUGGUUGGCAAAUCCGGUAGGGGUGGUACUGCUGGAGUAGGGGACAAAGGAGCAGGUGGACGAUCACGGCUUUUGGAAGAUUUUAGGAAUAACCGUUUUCCGAGUCUUCAAUUACGGGAUUUGGCAAAUCACAUUGUGGAAUUCAGUCAGGAUCAGCAUGGCUCUCGAUUCAUUCAACAAAAACUCGAACGUGCGACCGCAGCCGAGAAACAACUUGUAUUCCAAGAGAUUUUGGCAUCUGCUUACUCCUUGAUGACCGACGUUUUUGGGAAUUACGUGAUACAAAAAUUCUUUGAAUUUGGUACACCAGAACAAAAAUCAACGCUUGCACAGAAGGUACGAGGUCAUGUACUACCCCUGGCACUUCAAAUGUAUGGUUGCCGUGUUAUUCAGAAAGCUUUGGAGUCAAUUGGACCAGAACAACAGCAAGAAAUCGUUCGUGAACUAGAUGGGCACGUAUUAAAAUGUGUCAAAGAUCAGAAUGGCAAUCACGUAGUACAGAAAUGCAUCGAGUGCGUUGAGCCACGUGCACUGCAAUUCGUUAUCGGUGCGUUUGCUGGACAAGUUUAUUCAUUAAGUACACAUCCAUAUGGUUGUCGUGUUAUUCAACGCAUUCUGGAGCACUGCACACCAGAACAAACACAGGGAAUACUGCAGGAAUUGCAUUCAGCCACCGAUCAACUCAUUCAAGAUCAAUAUGGGAAUUAUGUUAUUCAACAUGUGCUUGAACAUGGAAAAAUAGAGGAUAAGGCACAGUUGAUUAACAGUGUUAGGGGUAAAGUUUUGGCAUUAUCGCAACAUAAAUUUGCUAGUAAUGUUGUGGAAAAGUGUGUUACCCACGCUACGAGACAAGAGCGGGCUGUCCUCAUUGAAGAAGUUUGUGGUUUCAAUGAUAGCGCAUUAAAUGUAAUGAUGAAGGAUCAAUAUGCUAACUAUGUGGUGCAGAAGAUGAUUGACGUAGCUGAGCCAGCCCAACGCAAAGUAUUAAUGCAUAAAAUUCGGCCACAUCUCAACAGUUUACGUAAAUACACCUAUGGAAAGCAUAUAAUUGUGAAGCUUGAGAAAUUCUUCAUGAAGACAGCAUCAGCAAUGGGUGUAUCAACUCCAGCUGGAGCUAGCUCAGCCACUGGUGAUCUGGGGCCCAUUGGUCCCCCAGCUUCUGUUGCGGGUCCUGUACAGACAGCUACUCAGCAGCCAACACAGGUCUUAUAAAUUAAGCAUUUCCCAAAAAUGUCUCAACAAAUUCAUCGUAACACUCGAAAUGUGAAAUUCAAAAGUUUCAAAUAUUGAAGGACACAUUCAGAGACACUUGUCACAUAUUUGCUAAUCUUGUUAUGAUGGAAAUACUCUUGUUUUAUUAAAAUUAGUUAAAAAUGAUUGAAACUCUGAAUUGUGUGAAUAAAAUAUUGACGUAAACGAAUUUUUCAUCAUUACGAGUGUUGCGUUAAUCUCGAAGGGAUAGAUACGAAGUAACUCCCAAUAACAACGAUUUUUCCUCAUUGUAAUUUGCAUUAUUAAAGAUUACUCAUUUCCAAGGCAAAACAUUUUGGAAAAUGAUGAAUUCAAUUGACAAAUUAUAUUUAAUUAAUUAUUAAUUUGGGAAAUUUCGUUGUCGAUCAAACCAUGGGAAUGAUAAUGAUUGAACGUAGAAGUUAUCCUUUACAAGAAUAAGUUUUCUUUUCUCCCCAUUUUUUUGCUUUUCUAAAUUUGCAACGUAAAUAAUUCCACGAGGUUUACGAGACAAUGAAUCCUUAUUUUAAAAAAGUUUAAUUUUUCGGUCUCUGUUAAUUUCGACAAAAAAAAUUGAACGAUAUACAAUUUGAGUUUCAAAUUCUUCAAAACAACUACUUAUUAUCUCGUAAUUAUCUCGUAAUAAAUCUCAGACUCGGAAAUAUAUUGAUAGAGACGUUCCAAGUAUAGUGAUUAAAAAAUUCGACAUUCGAACGAAAGGGAAUAAAACAACAGUUCAAUGAAAUUUAGAAACAACCCUGAAACAAAGUGAGGAACUAUAUCGCACUCCAAUCCUCCCCCUCCUAAUUUUCAUCUUCAUCAUUUUCUUAUUACCGAAAAUUUUGUAAAUUGUGAUAUAAAUAUUGAAUAAUGAACUGUGUAUAGAUACAACAAAUCCAUCUCCCCAUUUUUUCAUUAAUUAAAUAAAAAAAAUUCAUCCCCUCCUCCUUUCAUUCAUUUCAACAGACUC